AUGUUAGCUCUGGGGCUCUGGUCUGCGCUGCUGGUCUCCACACGGGCCGAGGCUGAGUUCUCAUGGUGGAGCUGGUGUAGCAAGCCAAGCGCUCAAAGAGCCUUCGAGGCGGAGUCCUUCUCUGGUGGAGUCUCCUUACUUCAGGUUGGACCAGCCGAGGUGGUCCGAGCUCAGAGAUCAGCAGAUGCAGUGCCUUCACGACGUCCGAGUAGCCCUUCAAAGGAUGUGACUAGCAGCAACGCGCUCGUGCAGUUGUACCGGGACUUGGUGGAAGAACAAGAAGUAACUCCAGGUGAAGUCUCAGGCGUGAUCAUGCUGCUUGGGAUCGUCAUUGCUUGCCUAUGCUGGGCUCCUCCGAUUUCGUCGCCUGCGAUGAACAAGGAAGCAGUACCCGACAUCCUGCCACCAGUCACGGACAAGGCUCCUCGUCGACCAUCCACUCCGCGGAAUCUCAAGCUGGAUGUCAAGGCGUGCACAAGCCCGAGAGAAGCCACAGGAACCAGUUACUGCACUGCUUGCCCCGUGAUGAGCCACCUCGGAGAUUUUCGCCUGUUUCGGUGGAUCUUGAGGUGUCAUCCAGAAAGAGGUCGACACAUUGAUCCAGUAAAGCCGCUUUGUCCGAAAGACGUCAUUCCACGAGCUGAGAAGGACGUGCAAGCGCUGGGGUAUGCGAGCCCACCUCAGACGUCAGUCCUGAUGCCCUUGCAUAUGGUUGACGAUUCCGAUUCGUGCUUGGCAUCCAAAGCAGCGCCCAUCAAGCGCCACUUUGAAGAGAACGUCCUGAGUUUCGUGGUGCAGGCGGUCAUUGCCGAGACAGACAAGUCUGUCCUGCAACUGGCCGGAACAACCCAUACAAGGAUGGCCGAGCCGAUGCUGAAGGGGGCUCAACUCCAGAGUGUCAUGCUGAGCGAAGACCUGACCAAAACAGCUUUGCUGCAGCUGCAACUGGCACAGCCAAGACAGCUGUGGAUGUCCACUGCGCAGCUGAUGGUGCGGCGGCAGCUCCCUGCCGAUGCAGAGGAAGGUCCUGUCCUUCUCGAUGAUCCCUCGUUGCAUUUGCAAGCGCGCUACAUCGCCUACAGGUCAGAAGACGCCGACGCUGAGUGCCGAGGACAUAGCCGUGGCUUCGUUGCGCUGGGGGCCGAUGCCGGCUGCCGCACAUGGCUAGCCCCUUUUUCGCUGGACAAUGGCUUAGCUGCGCAAGAGAAGCACAUGCAACUCCUCUCCGAAGUCGUUUCUGCCGCAGGCCUUGAUGGCGGCCAGGUGCGCCUGUACCUGUCCUACGUGCCCUCAUUGGCGAGCCUGGCAACGCUCUACCAACUGCGCAGCCAGAAAGGCGUGCAGCUACAGGUGGCUUUCAAUACCUGGCGAGAGACGCGGAUGUGGACGUCUGAGCUCCAUGAGCUGCAAAAUACCAUGGCUCCCACCAGGGUAAUGCGCCGAGGAGCCAUGAAGAGUGUGCUUGAUGCCGACUCAUUGAAGCGAGAUCUGCAAGCCAAGCUUCAGAGGCUUGUUCAGGAGGAAAGAAUAGCACAACAUCGUGCCAAUGUGGAUGACCAGCCAGCCACACUGCGUCCGCUUGAAGUGGGAGAGGUGCUGCAUGAUGACAUGCCCAAUGUCUUGCCGAAGUGGAUGCGCGAAGGCCUGCGCCCGCGUGUGGCCAUGGCAGCUCCAGGCGCUUUGGAGGACAACGACAACUUUUCCCUUGGAACCAGAGGACAUCCCAACAAAUGCAAGCCCGCCUGUCGUUUUCAUCGACGGAGGGGCGGAUGUCGUGAAGGUGCCUCGUGCAAAUUCUGCCAUGAGUGCGUCUUCUCGGACUCCGAUCCGAAUUACCUGGGCGUGCCCCUGCACAGCUUGGGCCCAGCAUCCUCGAUCAAUGCGCCCGUGCCACCUGGCGCCAUGCAGAGACCGAGCUCCGAAGGCGACUAUCCUUCCAUAGGCUCAAUUGGACACCCUUUUUCUUGUGGGCCACCUUGCAAGUACAACUCAAAGCCGAAGGGCUGCAAGGACGGGCUCCUGUGCGACCACUGCCACCUGUGCCGGUGGAAGCGCCACACCGCUGGAGCCGGACCCGUGCCGGGAG